AGGGACAUAAAUUUUAAGGACAUCAAAUACAUGCUAGUUUGAGCUUUUGCUCCCUUUGUAAGGUUUAUUGAUCAUUUUGCAGAAGCCGUUAAAAUGGAGCAACAACCACUGGACGCAAAUGAAGCGAAGCUGGUCCCACCGCAAGCACCACUUCACAAGAGCGAUGCAGAAGACGACGAUGAGAACGUCAAGCAGCUCGAUGAGUGUUCUUCUCUCUAUCUCUUGAUGCAGGAUUACAUUGUUCGUAGUAGCAGGAACUGGAAAGAAAGCCAAACAGAAAUACAAGCUUUGAGGGAAUGCUCUGAAAACAGAAAGAAAAAUAAACAGGAAGUGACAGUUCAUAAGGGAUGAAGAUUUUAGUUAGUUAUGAGGUCCUCUACUUUCUUCCUAGCCAUUGUUCAUGGUGGCACAUUUUUGUACACAUAUACUACCAUUUCCAUCAAUUAGCAUGAAUAUUUUUUUGCUAUAAUUCAAUUGAAAGUGAUUGGAAUUGAACUUGGUUGGAAUGAGAAGUUUGUACAGAGAUCUAUAAAUAAAUAGUGCUUCCGGUAGGAAAUACCAAUGAUUAGUUUUGAGGUUA